AUGUCCCUCUCCUUUCCUAAUCUAGGCAGCAUCCCUAAUUCGGAACUAUCCAACAUGGAGUCCUUGCCCGAAGAAAUCCUCAUGGGCGUCAUGGACAAGUUGGACCGCAAGGCCGACCUGUCUACCAUCCUCAGCCUGCGCGGGGUCAGUUGGAAAUGGCACCGCGUCGCGACCCCGUACGUUCACAUCGCCGUCCAGAACUAUCGACCAAGGACCGCCCACGCGCCCUGGAACUUCCACCGCUCUACCGAUCUCCUAUGUUAUCUCUGCUGGAAGCUUUCGCAGAAGCCGCACCUCGCCCGCUUCGUCAAGGAGGUCGCUUCCCGCCCCUGGAAAGACGCCCACUGGAAAUCGGCUUUUGCCAAGGCGGACUUGAGCGCGCGAUACCGUGAGGCCCUCGCGGGAGUUGGGUCUGCUGUUCCGGACGAUGUGAAGGACGGCAUUGUCACCGAGAUGCUGUAUGAUGUAGGCGAUGCGCUACUCGCCUUCGUGCUGAUUCUGUGCACCGACAUCGAAGUCCUUAUGGUCCCGGCUCUCGAUAGGGGAUGCGGGCCGCGGACAAGACAGGUACUCCGAUGCGCGCACGCACAGCUCCAGGAUCCGCCGCGAGAUGGUCGGGAAGCUAUGCUUAGCGCCGUUCGAUACGUCCAGCUAGGUGAUUACGUUAAUGGCCUAUGCCUCGCAGACGCUCUGGAUGUGCUUGCCCUGCCGAAGCUGCAGCAUCUCGAACUUGGGAACUUAGGAGAUACUACCAUCGACGGCAGCCAGCCUUUACCGCCCUUCCCCGAACUCGCUAAGACUCACCUGCAGAGCCGUGGCCCAGUCGACAUAACGCUCGAGUCGUGCCGUCUUAGCGGUGCGGGCCUGACCACUCUACUCGCGGCAUGCGGCCGCCCGCGCUCUCUCUUCAUCAAGAUGCGAACCGGCAACGUACGGCCCUCGCGAGCGCCAUGUUUCGCCGAGGCGCUCGAGCUAUACGGCCAGGACCUGGAGUUUUUAUAUCUCGACACGACGGCGUUUGAGGAUGGGUUAGCCGGUGCCACCGACCCUCAAUCCGAUCCCAACUCCAAAGCACUAACCCCCUGCGCCCGCUUCCUCAGCGCCCUAUCCUCUCUUACCACCAACCUACAGUUCCUAGCGCUGUCCCGCGCCGACUUCCCGACGCCCGCGGACCUAGGAGCCGCGCUACCGGUCUCACUGCGCGAGCUCCUGGUCUUAGAAGUAAAUGAUGACGGCGAAGAAGGCGACGACGCAUACAGGAACCUAGUACGCGGCCGAGAUACCCCGAGGUUGGAACGUGUAGUUUGCCAGCGCGCUACGUCUAAUAAUGAUACGGGCGCCAUGUACGGUGGUUGUCUGCGGGACAGGAAACUGCCUAAUACCCGGGUGCUAGAGAAGAGCCGGUGUACGGUGUUUACGUGGUGUGUGAGCGAGUAG